UGGCUGCAAGUCGAAGUGCAGAGAAGAAACGACUGGAUUCCAGCAUCAUCUCCGUUCAACGCCCGGGACUGCGGUCCUCCGUCAAAUACCAGCGUCCACUGCAACUUAUGUAACGGUGAAGAAAGCAAUACAAGCCCACUGGCAAGCUACUUUUGGGGGUGUGUUCACGUCUCCCUCAUUACCCUGCCGCUGGGUGGGAUCAAUGUCACAGAGCCUGUGAGUGUGUGGAGACUGUUGAUCAGAAAAAACAGGUCAAGUAGUCUCAGAGCCGUCUCAGUCUAUGGGAACUGCUACGGCAGUCCAUGCAGUUUUCCGCAGGCCCUUUUUUCCUGUGGCUGAGAACCCAGCAGCACCGACAGCAUGUCCCACGUCUCCUCCACAGCCAAGCGCUGCGCUGGUCCGUCCUACAUCAGCCACUACAGCUCCUACAGCUCCCCCUUUACCCCGAGCCUUAGCUCCUACAGCGAGCGGAACAGGUUGUCCUAUAAGUCCCCUGCCUCUUCUACCACUUCCUCAGGUUACACCUCUUCCAGCUAUCUGAGCAGCUCCACGGGGCGCAACCGCAACUACAGUACCUCCCUGGACCCAGACCGAGGCCGGGGCCGGGUCAUCCCACGGACGGACAUCCUUGGAAGUAGCAGCAACCGCCGUAGUGAAAGCCUCAGUCGAACCCCUGUUAAGAGCUAUGCAGGUUCUGGACUCAGCGGGGGGUCAGCCUACACAACAUAUACUUCGUACUCUUCCCCCUCAGUGCAGUCCAGCUACCUCUCCUCUUCACCGGUGGCCUCCAGAAUGUCGCUUAAUCGACGAAAAUCAGCAUCCCAGAGUGACUUAACCAAGGAAUUGGCUGCUCUUGGCCUCAAUGACACCUCCUCCUCCAGCCCGUCUUCCUCCUCCACUCCCCCAAGGGGCUACCGCACUCGGACUGGUGAGGUGGCAAACGCGUAUGGCGCUAAGUCCUCAGGCUCAGCACGGAGCUCAACUCAGGAGGCCCUCUCAUGGAGCUCCACCAAGGAGGGCAUCGGUAGCAACAGCAGAUCAUACAGUUCUUCAACGUGGGAGCCAAGCACAAGUGGUGUAUCCAUGUCCCCCACUAGGGACUCUACAAACUCAAAAAGUGCCCAGGGGCUGGUGGGACUGAAAAACCUGGGAAACACUUGUUUCAUGAAUAGUAUCCUGCAGUGUCUCAGCAACACACACAGCCUGCGAGACUACUGCCUGCACAACUCGCACCGCAGAGACCUUAAUAACAACAGCCGCACUAACACAGCCCUCAUGGAAGAAUUUGCCAAGCUGAUACAAACCAUGUGGUCGUCAACCAGCAGUGAUGCUGUCAGUCCGUCUGAAUUUAAAACACAGAUCCAGAGAUACGCUCCUAGAUUUGUGGGAUACAACCAACAGGACGCUCAAGAGUUCCUGCGCUUUCUGCUCGACGGCCUGCACAAUGAGGUCAACAGAGUCACAGUCAGGCCGAGAGGCACUGUCGAAGAUUUUGAUCACCUGCCUGAUGAGGAGAAAGGGAAGAAGAUGUGGAGUAAAUACCUGGAGAGGGAAGACAGUAAAAUUGUUGACUUGUUUGUUGGGCAGCUCAAGAGCUCUCUGACUUGUAGCCAUUGUGGUUUCUGCUCAACUGUCUUUGACCCUUUCUGGGAUCUGUCCCUCCCUAUUGCCAAGAAGGGCUACAGUGAGGUGAGCCUCAUGGACUGCAUGCGGCUCUUCACCAAAGAAGAUGUCCUUGAUGGAGAUGAGAAGCCAACAUGCUACAAGUGCAAAGCUAGAAGAAAAUGCACCAAGAAGUUCACAAUACAGAAAUUUCCCAAGAUCUUAGUACUACAUCUCAAACGCUUCUCAGAAGCAAGAAGAACCAGCAAACUGUCGACCUUUGUCAACUUCCCUCUGAAGGAGCUUGACUUGCGAGAGUUUGCCUCUGAAAACAGCAUAAAUGCAGUGUACAACCUGUAUGCUGUGUCCAACCACUCAGGCACCACAAUGGGGGGUCACUACACAGCCUACUGUCGCAACCCCACAUCUGGGGAGUGGCACACCUUCAAUGACUCCAGAGUAACGCCAAUGUCCUCCAGCCAAGUGCGCAGCAGUGACGGCUAUGUCUUGUUCUACGAGCUGGCUUCGUCCUCGCGCAUGUGAAGCCUCGCAGACGACGGCAGGCCGCAACACUGCUCUCAACAGACGGUCAGAUGGAAAAUGUGUGACAACACGCGCACGAAGGCUCGCCUCCGCCAGGAUGGAGGCUGCUUCUCUCAUCGGAGGGAGCGGGAGAAGGGAUCCGCAAGAAUGUGGUCACUAGCCCAGCUUUCGUCCUCCUUGUCUGUACUCGUUGACAUUUUCAUCCAGGUUAGAUUGUGUGCAUGCGUGCGUGUGCGCGUGUGUGUAUUAGACGGACACAGGGCAAUAAUCCCAUUCACCCGAGGAACCCGUGCACCCCCUUCUCCCUAGUCUCUAUGCACCACAAGUGUGACUCCUGACUGCACCUUCACUUUUUCUUGGUUGCCUCAAACUGUUCAAAAAUGAUUUGCAGGAUUUUUGAUUCCUUGCUGGGUUUCAAUAUUUUUGUUUUCAUUUUCAUGUUAUUUGAGGUUGGUAAAAUAGUCUAAUCGUCUUGACUGCCAUUUUAGACUUCAGAGAAACCGUCCUCAUUGUGUAAUUGUAGCAGGAUUGGUCACGAUUGCAAGGCGCUUGCAGCCCACUGGCCGCUUCCAAUGCACCCCAACACUCCUUCGUCUUUGUCAGCAUCACUUUUUUUCCCUCAACAUGGCUGUGAGGCCAGUGGCACUGUGAGCGUUGUACGUCUAAUUGAAUUGAAUUGAUUGUCCGUCUCCCCUCCCUCCCCCCUACAUUGUUCCUACCAAUGGUUGCAAAGUUGUGAAUGGGCUUGAAUUUUAUAAGGAUUUGUUAAUGUAACAGCUAAGUCCUCAUCAGUCCUUACGAGGCUUCCUGUCUUGUCAUGCCAUUGAACAACAAGGAAAGAAUGUUUUUAAAGAAGACAGAAAAAAAAGUGUAUUUUUAUAUCCUGAUGCAAUAUUAAAGAAUGUACUAUUUAUUGGUGCUGACGCUGACCCAUAACUUUUCAUUUGGUUUAUUUACCACGUUUCAAGAAAAAAAGAUAUUUAUGCCUAAAAUUUAUUGUAAUCCGUCACUUUGAUUGUUGCAUUAAAAUAUGAUGAAAUGAAUUAUGAAAAAUAUGGUAAUAUGAAUAAAAUUCCACAAAAUACUGUUGCA